AUGGUUUGUGUCGCGAGUGAACGUGCGAUCCGAAGGACAGUUCCUACGGUGCCUGUGUGGCCACUGAUAGCGUUGAUAGUGAUGGCCGAGCUAGGCCAAAUAUUUGGCUACCACAUCCGGCACAUCGAGGAAGAACCGAGUCACCAACUGCAGCAGGAUCUGAUGGACUUUAUCGAUUUGGUACCGUUUGAGGAUGUGCAGCGAUUAAUGCAGUACUACUAUCACUACGACGUGGAGGUAGAGAGUGCCUUCGAUUAUGUGUCCACCGAGGACUACACGCAGAUCCGGCUGGACAUUGUGAAUCUUGGUGAGGUGCGCAGCUUUCGCCGUUACCUGGACAGCAUUGGGUUCAGCGUGGAGAAGGUGUGGACCGAGUUGAACAAGCGCUUCGAUACAGAUGACAUCUUUGCCGAACCGGACGAGAGCCUCAGGAUGUUAAAUCUCACCACCAGAGGAUUGAAUGGAUUAGUCGAUGACAUAUUGGCGCUGCUGCCGCAGGACGAAAUAAUCCUGCUUUUCUUCGACAAGCUGGAAACGAGCAAUGACUUUUCCUUCUUCUUCGAGCAGAUCGGUAGCGGAGAGUUUGAGAACGUACUCAACAUGCUGCAGUCCUCGCAGCAGCUGCGGAUACUGCUCUGGAGACUACAGCGUCACGGAUUCGAUAUUCCCGGUUGGAUACAGCUCGUACAGAAGUAUUUCAGUUUCAGUAGUUUCUAG